AAGGGGCAGCUUGAUCACCUGCGUGCAGCCAUGCCGGGCAAAACCGUGCUCCCCAGCCGGGGGGAGGCGCUGCCAGGCAGACCGCAGAGACACCCGGUGUCAGCCAAGCAUGCCGUCAGCGGGAACGCGACGCUCCCGCCGUUCCCAGAGGGAAUGCAGAUGGCCAUUUUCGGCAUGGGAUGUUUUUGGGGAGCCGAGAAGAUGUUCUGGAAGUUGCCGGGCGUCUUCUCCACCCAGGUGGGCUAUGCAGGAGGCUUCACCCCAAACCCCACCUACAAAGAAGUCUGUACAGGUCUGACCGGACACGCGGAAGUGGUCAGGGUUGUGUACGACCCACAGAAGACCAGCUACGAGGCCCUCCUCAAAGCCUUCUGGGAGAACCACGACCCCACCCAAGGCAUGCAGCAAGAGGAGGAUGUCGGCACACAGUAUCGUUCGGUCAUCCACACGUUCGGAGCCCAGCAGAGGGAUGCUGCCCUGAAGUCGAAGGCGAUGUAUCAACAGGAGCUGGCCAAACGGCAGCUGGGGCCCAUCACCACUGAAAUCCAGGCGGCCGGGGAGUUCUAUUACGCAGAGGAUUACCACCAGCAGUACCUGCACAAGACCCCCAAGGGAUACUGCGGCCAAAAGGGGACCGGCGUGGCCUGUCCCAUCCGCCCCGCAGCUGAACAAGAGUCAUGAAGGGAGUAUGUCUGGGAGCCAUGGCGAUCAACACCCACGAGCAGUUGCCAUGGGAACGGAAGCAGCCUAGUACCUCAUUUUAAGCGCCCAUCGGGAGCGCAGGUGGCUUUUCUUUUCCCGGCCGCCUCUGGACCCAGCUGGACGGCCUGAUUCACAGACGUGACGGGUUCUGCACCGGGGAAACGGCCCCUUGAGUCCCUUCCUGCCCUGCGUUUCUGGAUGGUUACCAUAGCGCUGGGGAUGUCCAAGGGCGUGCUCUGGGUCUGAGCCCCGGCGAGGCCCCAAGGUUGAGAGAUCACCCCUCGGUCCUGGUCGCUUUGCGGUUGUCUCCAGGCUGAGGUGGGGGGUCUUGCCCUGGUCCCGUUGGCCCUGAUUGAAGAGGAAGCCGCCCGGAGCUGAUCCUGCACAACCACCAGCUGCUGCUGGCUCCUCGUCCUGAUCUGCUCACACCUACGCCCCCCCCCCCUUCCCUCCAGAGCAUCCUCUGGGGUCACUUCGAUUCACUGGGAGGCUGGAGCAUAGGAGAGGGGGGUAACUCGCUUGCUAACCACCUGAAGAAUUUCCUUGCCACGGCCAUUACAGCAUCUGUCACACAU